UUAAAAUCGUUAUUAAAAUAAUAAUAUGUAACUGUCAGUUUUGCAAAGAUAUAAACAAAAUACAUUUUCUUAUAUAGAGCGCGCGUUUAUUUAUGGUGAAUUCGUGUAAUAAUGCUCAGUAUUUGUUUUACAUCUUGCUUGUGACAAAAAACCGUUUCGUGCCAGUGAUUCUCAACUCACGAUACUUAUAUAAUUUCAAAAAAUUUUCCUGCGCAUUGCGAAAUAUAUAUUGAAAACUACUGGUUUAAGUAAUAGUAACAAGCAUGUAUUAAUACGUUGUGUGAAAUAAUAAUAAUACAUAACAAUUAAUUAAAUUUGAACAAAUAAAAAAGUUAUUGCGAGCUUUUAUACUUUCUUAAGAAAAUAUAUGGCCAAAGGUAUAUAAGCUCUUUCAUGAAUCAGACAAAGAUUUAGUUUUCUUCUACUUGAUCUUGGAAAAAAAUUCAAAAAUGAGUGAUAAAGGCAAUCUAGUGGAGUUAAAUGAAAUAAGUGCAAAACUUACUAAAGAGAUAUUAGAAAGCAUACUUGCAGCAGAAUGUAAUGAAACUAAUGUAAAAUUAACGGAUUGGGAUUUUGGUGACGCAAAUGUCAAAGGUGAUAGCUAUUUAACGGUUGUUAACAAAGUUAAGUUGUGUGGUCUUGCUAAAGGUAAACCAGUACAAGUUGAUAUUGUGAUAAAGUCACUGCCUCAAAAUUUAGGUAGAAGAAAAACUUAUAGAAGUAUAAUUUUUUUUCGAAACGAGGUGGCAUUUUAUACGAAGAUAGUACCAAAGUUUGAACAGUUCCUCAAGAGCAAAAAUCAAGCUCAUGUUCUACGUGUUCCACGUCUCUUAAAAUCACUUGUAGAUGGUGAAAAUGAUUAUUUAAUUUUGGAAAAUGUUUGUAACUUAGGAUAUGGUCCUAUAACUCGUCAAAACUGUCUAAAUAUGGAACAGUGUACUGUUAUUUUGGAAGCUUUUGCUAGUUUUCAUGCAAUUUCUUUUGCAUACAAAGAUCAAAAUAAAGAAGAAUUUAAAGAAAUUGUAUCACAUUUAGAGGAAACAUAUUUUAGUCCUAAAUACUGGGAUUGGUAUAUAAGGUUUCAUAAACGAUUAGUGGGAAUAGCUAUUGAUGCAUUAGCUACUGAAUAUCCUAACAGUGAAGCACUAAAGCGUUUUACUUCUUAUAAAAUUGGAUCACUUAUUGAAAUGUGUUAUAAAUUAUGUGAUUGUAGUGAUGCCCCAACAUCUGUUGUAAAUCAAGGAGAUUCUUGGGCACCAAAUGUUUUAGUGCGUGAUGUCAAUGGAAAUAAAAAAGAAGCACUCUUGCUUGAUUUUCAAUUGGCACGUUGCGUUAGCCCAAUUACAGAUUUAUCAUUCUUUAUUUAUUCUUGUACAGACAAAGCUCUCAGAGAACGAUUUAACGAAAUGUUGAAAAUUUAUCACAAUAAAUUAAGUAGUACAAUUACUUCACUUGGCUCAGAUUCAGAAAAAUUGUAUCCAUGGGAGACAUUUAUGAAAGAAGUGAAAGAACAAUUUUUCUAUGGAAUAGUUUUUGCAAUCGAAGCUUUACCAUUUACUAUGUUAGAUAACUCACAAGCAUUUGACUUAGACACAUUAAUAAAAGGAGAUGAAAAAGUGAAUAUAGAUGACGUCUGGUCAUUAGGAAAUUUAGAAUCACAGUGGAAAAGAUUACGUUUAGCGGAUGUAAUUGUUCAUGCCGUAGAAAAUGGGUUUUUAUGAAAUUUAGAUAUAUAUAUAUAUAUAAAUUUUAUAGAUAAUUUUUAUUAAAUGUUUAGCAUUAAAUAAAAUAGAGACAAUCUGUAUUUGUUUAAUUUUAAUUAUAACAACAUAGUUUACUUUGUGUAGUAGUAGAUUAGGCAACCCGAUAUUUUUUAUUAAUACACGAACAGUGGGUGCCACAAAUUUGAUAAUAUAUAUAUAUUAUAUAUAUAUUUGCAUUGGAAAGACAAAAACAUUUUGUCGACAAUGAUACAUUUAAUGCAAUAUAGCAAAAUAAUUGAAAAGCCAAUACGCACAAAUAUAUUAUGUUCUUGAUAGCAAUAUGACAAUGGUGUUAAAUAAAGAGACAAUUAUGAAGUAUUUUGUUUCUCUUGUUUUGUACAAUUGCCAUUAAUAAAAAAAAAAAAAAAUAGUUCGAUUUAAAAAACUAUCGAAGAGGCGUAUUGUUAAUAUACCAUACAUAAAAGCGCAGAAAAUGACACGUUUCUAACAGAAACAUUUUCACAAGUUUUGAUGUUGAGCAUUAUUAGUUAAAACAUUGCUGGCAUCAAAAACAGUAGUAUCUUCGUCAUCUUCUUCUUCUAAUGGUAAUGGUCGCAUUUCAACAUCUUGCCUAUGAGCAAGAAUACCGUACUUUCGAAUCAUCUGUGCACGUGUUUUACUGAACCUGUAAAAUUCUUAAACUCAAAAUACUAUAAUAGAAACGUUACCACAUAAGUCAUAAUAAAAUUCAUAAUAAUGACAAAUGUACCUAAAGCUACGGAACAUGAUAUAGGCCAUGACCAAAAUGCUCAAUCCUAUGAAGACGCAAAAGCCACGUAGGAGAGCUCCAGAAUUCAAGGACGUUAAAUGACCUUCUGCUGUGUGCUAUGUAAAAAUAUUCAUAUUAUUUGUAAUGCAAGUAUUUAUAAUGAUCUGGAUACGAUUCAUAUCUUUUGACAUUAACGUCGUAAAAAUAUUCAAAUUAUUUGUAAUGUAUUUAUAAUGAUUUAGACACGACCCACCUCUUUUGGCAUUAAUGUCGUCGUUUGUAUAGUUCCAUUCGAAUCUUCAACAAGCGGUUUGUAGGUUAUGUUGGUCGGCGGCUUUUCAUUCCCGCCCAUUUUCCCGUCAUCGAUGUCUUUCGUCAGUGACGAAGAAGAUGAUGGUAAUGACGAAGAUGAUGAUACCUCAUUAUGCUGCUUUUUUCUUAUAGACGAAGAUAAAACCUCAUCGUUUAUGACAUUUCUCACUACGGAGGAUUCACGCUUGACAUUUCUUUCUCGAAAGCUUCCACUGCACACCGCGAUUUGCCCGAGUAGAAAGAUCGACAAAAAUAUAAAAAAUUUCAUCCUUUGAAUUUUGAAACGUGUCAUUGUCUGAUGUCAUUUAUGCAAUUGUUAUUAAUCACCUUAAAGAUGAUUGGUCGGUGUUAAGCUUUCGGCUAACACCGACAUGUUGCCAAUCGGUCUUCACGAAUGUAAACUAGUCGGAUGCGUUAUAACAAUCGUGCAUUGUCCCAUCUUAUUCAAAAAAAAAAAAAAAAAAAAAAAAAAAAAAAAAGAAAAAAAAAGAAAAAAAAAUA